UCAUAUUCAGAUCUAGAAAUCGCUCGGGGCUUUUUUUUUUGGUUCUCUGAGCGAAGAAAACCUAGUUGUAGGCUAUAUUCCUUCUCGUUUCGAUUAGGUUUUUAUAUAACUAGUUCUGUGGAUCGGUGAAUUCCCGUCUAGAUCUACAAGAAUAUCACAUCCACAGACACAGGCUUUUUCCUGGUUAACUGAGCCAUGUCGCGGUGCUUUCCUUACCCGCCUCCGGGUUAUGUGAGGAGCGAUUCUCGUGGUGUGGCCUUGAUCGAAUCGAUUAAGGACGUGGAUUGGAAAGGUGGCGAUGAGCUGGGUUCAUGGUUUGAAAUCAUAUACUGAGGGUUUAUUAGAGUUCGAAUGUUUCUUUUGAUUGGAGGACUAUAUUGGCUGGAGAAAAUAAUUGUGAUUCUAUUUAUGAUAAGAUGGAUGGUGUUAAGAAUGCUUUGGGUUAAGCUUGUUAAAGAAAGCUUCAAGACGCAUGUAUAAGUUUGUAAGUUUACCUGGUUCCUGCUGGAAUGUAAGAAUGCUGUAGCGAAAUGUAUACUAUUGGUUUUUAGUUACUUAUAACUUUUUUUAACGGAGAAUGUAGUAGUAUUGAUGGUGCUUCAAUGAGCGCCACCCAAUACAGGCUAUACUUUUAAAUCAGUUUGAAGCAGUUGUUAUUACUUAUUGAAAAUCGUCAGUAAAAUCUAUUACAGUUCGUCAUGCUAUGUCAAUGACAUACAAUUUGGCAUCCAUUUUGAUGACAUUAUCUGUGGAAUUCUGACUAUAUGUUUUGGUGAGAUGAAUACUUGGUGGGUUUCCAAUCAAUGUUUGUUGAAAUUAGUAGGGCGCAUUUUGGUCCUUUUUUUGUGAUUUAGUUUUUUAAUGGAAUGUGCUUUGUGUAUCAAGUAUUGAGUGAGAGAUGCAGAAUGUAAUUGAUGUAAAGCAAUUGAUACUAUGGUUCUCUUUUUGUGAUGUAUUGUAUGUCAAAUGAUAAUGAGAAUGGGCAUAUAAUCAGUGUAGAUGGUAUCAAUGUAUUGCAUUGGUAUGUCAAAUGAUAUUUGUUCCCCUUUUUUGAGAUGCAUUGUAUUUAAGUGAAGACUCUGUUCAAAAGGGUUUCUGAAAUCUAAUGAUGUCAAUUUUGUUAAUAUGUCUUGAACGAUUUGAGAAAGUGAUUCUUAUCUGGUUGAUGAAUGCCGUUAUGGCAUUAGUUUGGUCCAUCAUACUUCUUUGGUCUUCUCCAUCCCUCUAUGCUAAACAUUGUUAUUCUGGAUAUAUAUGUAAAGCUCAAGAGGGAAAAUGAGAAGGCCAAAUCAGAACUGACAAAAGAGAAGAAGAGGCAGAGACAACAGAGGAAGAAAGAGAAGAAAGAAAGGAAGAAAGCAAAAUUCUUUGAUAUAAGUGAUGAUGCAGUUAAAAAGCUCAGUGGUGAGAAGCUUUGUCAAGUGGAGAAGAGUGGAUAUGAUUUGCACGGCGGAUGCAUAUUGAAGGGUAAAAACGAAGAAGCUGAACAAUUGGAGAGGAGUAGUCUGACUGAAGAACAUGGGAUGCCUGUCUCACCUCAGAGUGUUGGCUACUUGUCUGAUGGCACUCAGAGUAGCAAAAAGAGGAAAGCAUCAUCUUCUGAUGGCAGUGAUCAUCGUGGGAACAUUGUUCGGAUUAAACUGACCUUGCGAAAGCACAAAGAACCUAAUGCUAUGGACAGUGGGGAGCAGUCAUGCUCUACAUCUGGAAGGGCUGAUUCCCAUGUUCAGUGUAAGGAGAACACAUGUGUGCCAGACCAAAAACAGUGGUCCUCUGCUAAGCAAAGCGUGGCUAGGCUGGACAAAGAAAAAAGCUGUCUGGAUUUAGCUGAAGUUCCUGCCCUUGAUCGUAGGGCCAAAUCGUACCAGAAUAAGAUGCAGAAGACAGAAUCUCUGUACAGAAAUCUGAUUCAAGAGUGGCUGCCACCUUCAAUUCAGUUGGGGCAAGAGAAUUUGGAUGAUCAAGAUUGGCUUUUUGGGGUAAAGCGGGAAAAUGGGAAUGAUUCUAAAGGAAUUGCAGCCUCCCAGGAUGUUGCCCGGUGUAGAAGUCCUACUCUCUGGCCUUGUGCCCAUUACCUACCUGAGGCAAAUAUAUUUGCGCUGCCCUUUACAGUACCAUUUUGAUAACAUGGUUCAACUGCAGAACUGUUUUUUGGAUUGGGGGUGCCAUUUACUUGCCCCUGGUUUAUUUCCAGAAAAAGAGAAUGUAGUUGCAUUUUGUUGAUCAAACACUGUGCAACUUAGUGGCAUUGGUCAUCAUAGCAACUCAAAUCGUCAAGAAGCCACUCCUCUCUUCUGGCUUCAUGUGAACUGACCAUUUUCGUGCGUCGAAUGAGAAAUUGCACUUCGGGUCUUCUUGUGCUCUUGAUCUCUCCGGGGUUGGUUCCCUUUACAAAUGGAGCUGUGAGCCUGUCUUUCGUGCCUUUUGAUGUUUAGAUUUUAAUGAUAAGACUCAGAGCUCUUAUAAUUUUUGUGGAAUACCAAUGAAUUUGUUAUCGUACUGAAACUUGUAUCGUGAUAGAAAAUUCUCUCAAGUGUUAACCCCUUGGUUUUUUUUUCCCCA